CGGCCAAGUUAAAUAUUCUGUGGUGCUAAAUCGCUUAAAAAUAAUAACUUCUUUUAGCUUGAUUUUAAAUACAAACUAGAAGUGGAUUUUGGAUAAUAUCAAAUUAUUUAUUUCAUGAUAGUAUGUGCUGAGAAAAUGAUGCAACAUCAAUAUUGGGUCACCAAAAAGACCGUUUUGAAGAAAUUGGGAACUAAAGAAGAUGAAUGCAUCGUAGCUUCAGACGCCGAACUCGAUGCAAAACUAGAAUUGUUUCAAUCAAUAUCGGAUAGUUGUUUGCAAUUGCAAAGGGUUUUAGAUCAAUAUCAGGAACGAUUAUGCAUAUUAGCUCAAGAGGAGAAUUCUCUGGGAAAAUUUUUGCGCGAUGCAGGUAAAGAUAAUGAUGCAUCCGGUAAACAUAUGAUAUCUGCUGGUAAAGCGAUAGCCUAUUCAGGGCAACAACGUUUGUCUAUUAGAAGUCCAUUGUUACGACUUUAUCAUGAAGUAGAAACAUUCCGAUGUCGUGCAGUAAAAGAUAUGAGAGCGACUGUCUCUGCCAUGGAGAAAGCCCGUAUUGAAUAUCGGGCUGCGCUAAGCUGGAUGAAGUCCACUAGCACCCAGUUAGAUCCUGAUACUGGACGUGGACUAGAUAAUUUUCGAAAAGCCCAACAUCAAGUUAGGGAAAGUAAGAAAGCUUUUGAUAAACUAACGUUGGAUGUUUUACAAAAGAUUGAUUUGUUAGCUGCUGCUCGGUGUAACAUGUUCUCCCAUGUGUUAUCAACUUACCAAAACUCUUUCCUGAAUUUCUCACAAAAAGUUUCACAGACACUAUCAACAACUAUAGAGAGUAUGAAUGCUGCACCUCAGUAUGAGUUUUGUAUACUCAAAAGCUUGGCCGAAAAUGAUAUAAAUAAAGAAGAAAAUGAUGAGGAACCAAAAGAUAAAGAUCAAAUGCUCUUCUUUCAGGAUGAAUAUAAGGAUGAAAGGGAAGGAGAAAAAACAAGUGAAGAUAAUUUAACAAAUGAAUUAGCACCUGUAGAACCAUCAACAUCAAGCAUUCUUAUUGAUACUGAGCAUGAAGAAAACAUGAUUGGCGAUUUAGCCGGCUUGCAGUUGGGUGGGGGUGACAUGCCUGCUAACUUUUCUUUUAUGCCCUCUCAACUGUUGCAGGAUUUUAGUGGCAACUUGAAAGAAAGUCCUUUGCAACCUAUCAACACGAAUCCCAUAAAUGAAGGACAAAACAUGACAUCCCAUAAGCUGUACAAGCCAAUGGAACUUCCUAAGAAGGAUGAUAAAGCAGCUUGGUUUAAGUUAUUUGCUGAACUUGAUCCACUGGCAAACCCUGAUCAACUUACUGGAUCUAAUUCUAACCAAAGUCAUGCCGCUUAGAAAUAUUGCUAUCUUUUUGUUGCUUA